AUGACUUCAAUCGGAACAGGAUACGAUCUUUCUGCAAGCACAUACUCUCCAGAUGGUCGUAUCUUUCAGGUAGAAUACGCCAAUAAAGCCGUCGAAAACUCAGGGACUGCAAUUGGCCUGAAAGUCAAAGAUGGCAUUGUAUUGGCAGUGGAGAAACUUGUUCACUCUAAAUUACUGGUCCCUGGCGCCAAUCGCAGGAUCCAGACAAUAGAUCGGCACAUUGGCUUGGCAACUGCAGGUCUAUUGGCCGAUGGUCGCCAUCUAUCGAACCGUGCCCGGGACGAGGCUGCAAACUACCGUGAAACCUACAACGCUCCACCACCCUUGAAGGCUGUCGCAGAUCGUCUGGGCCUCUAUGUUCAGGCCUAUACAUUAUACUCUUCAGUGAGGCCGUUCGGCAUUAGCACAAUAUUGGGAACAGUCGAUGAAGAUGGACCCGGUCUAUUCGUUGUUGAGCCCAGUGGUAUAUUUUAUGGAUAUAAUGGCGCCGCGGUGGGCAAAGGAAAGCAACUUGCCAAAACAGAAUUGGAGAAACUGGACCUAUCACAAUUAUCUCUUCGAGAGGCUGUUAUAGAGGCUGCAAGAAUUAUUUAUCUUGUCCACGAGGACACUAGGGAAAAAGAAUUCGAACUUGAGAUGUCCUGGAUCGGCCCGGAGACAAACAAUACUCAUCUACCUGUACCCCAAGAUUUGUUGGAGGAGGCAGAGACUAAGGCGAAGGAACAGUUCGAGUUUGAAGAUGAUGCUGCAUAG